AUGUCUACAGACCCGAUGGACAUCUCGGGACAGCCACCCACAUAUCCACCCAAUCUCCUGGGCAUUCCGACAGAACUUCAACUGAGGAUCGUUGAUCAUAUAACCCUGAAGAGCGAUCUCACAUCACUGUGUAGGACAUGCUCAGCUCUGCGUGUUCUCGCGAAUCCGCUUCUAUAUAGGCGCAUCGUUCUGCGCCUAUGGAGUCAGCGUGCGGUCGAUCGUCUCAACAAGUCCAAUUUCGCAGGUGCUGGCUUACAUUACCAGCACACGAAGGAGGUUAUCAUCGAAGACGAAGCGAUUGGCGAAGAACUCUACACGAUACAUACCGGACGGAUCUGUCCACCUAUUCUGGAUCGUCGGAGUAAUGCUACUUACCUAACUGAGUCUGAGAAAGACAACGCCGCCUACGCGUUUCUGCAAACCAUGCAUCAUAACCAAUUAGAACGCUUAUGGUACCAUUCGCGGCGGCCUCUCUCGGCAGUGGUUAGAAAUCAUCUGCGCCACUACCAGACGAAAAUACAAGACCUACGAAUAGGCUUAUACACCGAUCCCGGAUCGCCCGACGUACUACCCCAGAUACUCUGUGGUCUGCAACGCCUCGAUCUUUAUGUCGAUAAUUCAACAAGCCUCAUUCUGUUGUACAUGAACAUCGAAGCCGUGGGCGCCAACUUGAAAUCGUUGUCGCUGACAGCAGCCAAUUCCAUGGAUAUCAGUACGGAACUGGAUGCCUGGGCAAUGGGCGAGGAGAACGAAUACACCCAAUGCACACCCAAGCUCGAAGAGUUCACGCUGUCCAAUUUUAUCUAUGACAACGCUUACGAACAGUUCUCUAUAAUUGUCAACUAUCAUCAGCUUGUGCGAUUAGGGCUUUUCGGGAACUCCGGCGGAACCCAUUACUUUCUCCAGGAGCUUGCCGAGAGUAGCGAGGAGAACAAGCUUCGUUUGAAGCAUAUUGCUGUGGAAAUUGCGGGUGACAUCGCGGAAUCCACUGAGCUCGUUCCUCUGCGAUUAUCCUUGAAUCAGAUAUACAAGGCCUGCGAACCCCUUGAGAGCUUCCAUAUACACUACCCGCACGGCGACCACUCAUCCGACUUUGAUGUGUACGACUUCCUAAAGCCGUUCACUGAUCGCGGGCACAAUUUGCAAAGUCUGAGCUACCACGUCGAACAGUGGAACUGGGGCCAAUUGAACCACGACGUUAUAGAUGUGCUAUACCGGGUAAGCCAGGAAUCCUUUCGACAAGUAAAACAGCUUGCGGUGUACUUCGAGGAAGCAUUAAUGCUUGACGGCCUAUGGAAUGAAGAGGCCAGAUUCAUGAUCUUUAUGACGUGGAUAGGGUAUUUCCGAGAAUUACGCUUGCUCCACCUCCGCCUGCCACACUGCGUUCGCAUGGGGCAGAGCAAACACGGAUGGGACCCCGCACUAUUGAUCCUACAGCUGCAAACCUUCGCAAACCGAGUCUUUGAGUUUCUAGGUCCAGAGUCGAAGUUGGACGCUCUGGUGAUCGGUCAUGUGUCGACUUUGCGGAACCCAGAAAACCUAGACCGCGUGCGUCCACUUCCGCAGCAAUGCUUUCUCCGAGGCAAGCAAAGAGAUAUCCUAGGUCGUACCGUCCCCGUUGCGGUUCCUGUUACGAGGAUGAUGUUGCGUGAAACGCAACCGUACACAGAUAUUCUGGAAGUCGACUACCGUACUGCCGCCGAUGAAUGGGAGGCGUGGGCAACUCGAACGAUGUGA